AUGGCGCCAUUUGAGGCUUUAUAUGAAAGGAGUUAUAGAUAUCCCAUUGAGUGGUUUGAUUCACUUGAGGUGAGAACAUGGGGUACUGAUCUGUUGAGGGACUCGUUGGAGAAGGUUAGAUUCAUUCAGGAGAAACUUAUAGCAACUCAAAGCAGGCAAAAGGAGUAUGCAAAUCGGAAAGCUAGAGAUAUGUACUUUAUGGAGGAUGAGCAAGUAUUGCUCAAGGUUUCACCCAUAAAGGGUGUCAUGCAUUUUGGAAAGCGAGGUAAGCUUAGUCCUAGAUUUAUUGGACCAUUUGAGAUUCUUCAGUGUGUGGGGCCGGUGGGAUUGGCAUUUCCUCCAAGUUUAUCGGAAGUGCACCUUGUAUUUUAUGUUUCUAUGUUAAAAAAGUUUCAUGGUGAUGGUAACUACAUAAUUCGUUGGGAUUUGGUCUUAUUAGAUGAAAACCUCUCUUAUGAAGAGGAACCUGUUGCUAUUCUUGAUAGAGAUGUCCGUAAGUUGAGGACUAAGGAGAUUGCGUAA